GGGCCGGGCUUUUCCAGGGGAUUAGGGUUCAGAACAGAGGUUUGGAGAGAGAAAGGGUUCAGAGUCAGGCACAGGCGGGCAGACCGGACCCCAAGCAGGGCUGGCCUUCCAGACAGGAAAGAGGGUUGCAGAGACACAGGAGGCCAAUUGAGAGUGGCAGAGGAGAAAAGAGUUUCAUGGGAGGAUGGGGCUUGGAGAGAGAUGAGGGAGGGAAAACGGGGGCCGCCAUGCAUCCUCAGCUUCCGGGGGACUUUGGAGAGGGUCGAGGCUCAGUGGGAGCUGGAGGUUGGUGAAGAGGACCCAGCUCAGGGAACCUGCGUGGUGAAGUGGGGGACUUGGAGGGAGGGAGGGAAGGCUGGAGUUUUCUCCAUGGGGAGGAACUCAUGGGGACUGUUAUGGGGAUGGAAGAUCAGCUGGGGUCAAGCAUACCGUGAGAGUGAGGAUGUGGUGGGGUAGUGGAGGCGGCUGAGGCUGGGAGGACAGGCAUUGGUCAGGAAAAAUGAUUCACAGGGAACAAAGUAUCCUCAGGGGACCAGGCUCAGAAGGGCUGGUAGGGAUCACAGAGAGGCUGUGGGCAGGUGAGUAAACCAGCCUCCAAGGGAGACAAGUGUCCUUAGUAGCCAGGACCUCAGCACAGGACCAGAGCUCGGAACGGGACACUUUGCCCUGCGAGCAGAUGGAGCAUGCCCUGGGGUCUGUGCAGGAGAGGCCACAUUCUCCCAGACUCUGGGAGUGAACUGGAGUGGGGCCCCGGCUGGGUGAAGUCAGACUCCAGGAAAGGGGGCAGGAGCUCCGAUGGGCCGGAGUGGGCUCAGCCAGGAAGGAACAGAGUAGGGGGUACUGAAACUUACCGGAAGGCCUGGACUUGGUGGGCUAAGGAGGGAAGGGACUGGAGGGUGGUCUUGGGGGCCUUGGGGACUUGGUUAGGGACAGGAUGGGGCAGAGACGGGCAGUCAGGUAGGGGCCCUCCUGGGGCUCAGGGGACUGGAGCUUCGUCAGGAGCGGACUGAGCUGCUGGAACUGAGAGUCAACAGGCCAGAAGGGCAGGACCCAGGGGCGGGGGUCCCUGGAGGCAGCAGGGCCCAGGCGCUGGGGUGGAGCGCCAUGGGGAGAGUGGGAAGAGGAAGAGGGUCUCUCUUGGGGAGGCAGAUGGGGAGGGUUCCGGGAGCGUCCAGUCUUCCACGGGGCUGGGGGCUCCGCGAGAGGGAUGGGGCCGGGUGGGGUGGGGAGGAAGGCGCAGUGGGUCCGGGGAGAUGGAGGUGGCGCGGGCACCCUGGUCGGGGGCUGUAGGGGUCCCAUCCCUGCGGGACCUUGCAACUCCCCAGGGUCGCGGCUUCCGAGGCCCCCACCCUCCUGGCAGGAGGAGGCGGAGGCGGGGAGGUGGCUGUGCCCGCCGCCGCCGCCGCCGCCGCCGCCGUGAGUCAGGCUCUGGGCUGCAGCCGCGCGGCCGGUCUGGCGCUGCGGAGGGAGCGCAGGCGGCGGGGGAGGCAGCGGCGCCGCCGCCGAGCCCCGCGCGCUCCCCACCCCCUCAAGGUUGGGCAGCUGGGAGGCGGAUCAGUGGACAGACAGCGGCCCGCAGGACGGCAGAAGGACGCGCGCACCGAGGCUCAGGGGGUCCGGCCGCGCGCCGAGGAGUCUCUUGUAGGCCCAGGGCCCCGGCCAGUGCCCAGCCCCGCUGGGAGCCCCGGCCAGCACCACGGACGGCGCCCAGGAAGCCCGAGUCCCCCUGGACGGGGCCUUCUGGAUCCCGAGGCCCCCGGCAGGUUCGCCCAAGGGCUGCUUCGCUUGCGUGUCCAAGCCCCCUGCCCUGCAGGCUCCAGCGGCCCCUGCCCCUGAGCCCUCGGCCUCUCCCCCGAUGGCGCCCACACUGUUCCCCAUGGAGUCCAAGAGCAGCAAGACCGACAGCGUGCGAGCUGCCGGCGCGCCCCCCGCCUGCAAGCACCUAGCCGAGAAGAAGACGAUGACCAACCCCACGACCGUCAUCGAGGUCUACCCGGACACCACCGAGGUGAACGACUAUUACCUGUGGUCCAUCUUCAACUUCGUCUACCUCAACUUCUGCUGCCUGGGCUUCAUCGCCUUGGCCUACUCCCUCAAAGUGCGAGACAAGAAGCUUCUCAAUGACCUGAAUGGAGCCGUGGAGGAUGCAAAGACGGCCCGGCUGUUCAACAUCACCAGUUCUGCCCUGGCAGCCUCCUGCAUCAUCCUCGUCUUCAUCUUCCUGCGGUACCCCCUCACCGACUACUAAGGCCCGCCAGGCACGGCUGCUGGCGGAGACAAGCACUGAGACAUGUUUAUUCUCAUGGUCCCUGAAACGCAGGAUCCCAUGAGGUUGGGGCAGGGCAGGGCUUCUUGUCCUGGGGCCCCCUUGAGCUGUGAACUGGGCAGCAAGGCCAUCAGAAGCUGGGUACAGCAAGGGGGCACUGAGCUUGGCCCUCAGUCCACCCCCUCCACCUCCUGGGCUCCGCCCUGCCUGUGUCUGGAGCCUGGGGGCUUCUCCCCUCGCUGCUGCACCCUGGCUUCCAGCGUCUGUGUCCCUGCCCUCACGUGCCCCUUCCCAGGCUCCUGGGGCCCCUUGGACCUGACACCUAGCAGGAAGGGCUUAUGCAAAAUUGUCCCAGGUUGGGAGGACUCACUCUGUGCUCCCUGACCCUGCCUCCUCCACGAUGUGACCCCGCUCAGAGCCCUUGUGUCUGUGAACUUUCAAUGAAAUACCCAUGCAGCUCCA